UAGCCGUGUGUCUGUAUCUGUAGAUGUGUCUGUGACUGUGACUGUGUGCUGUUUUAUGUAGCAACCAUUUAUCGAUUUAUUUUGACUUCUACACUUCUACGCCAAGCGUUAUUUUUAAUAUAAAAACGACGACGAUAACAAGAACAUCUGCACUGGGAGGGACAGGAGGUUGCCUCGGAAGGGAGCUGAACACUUUUAGGGCGCCUUUGGGUUCAGCAAACCAUAACCUUUGCGCUUAAUGCGCAAAUUUUAACAACGACCCAAACUCAAAUUGAGUAAAACGCAUUGAAAACUUAAGUAAUUUCUUCUUUUCUAAAGAGAAUAUAGCUUGAAGCAAGCACUUUUCUCAAUUUUCUUUCGCAAAACAACUUCUUAGUCCGUUAGUUGUUGCAGCUGAACCGAAGUUGUUAGCCAAGCGCAAAAAUGUGUUUUUCAUAUUAUAACAACUCAGAAGAAUGCAUUGAAGUUGAAAAGUGCCAAACGAAAGUACUAAAAGAAUAUUCAAAACUGUUUAAUGAAGCACAGCAAUUAUAUAAUACAUAAUAUAUACAUAUAAUAAAAAAAAAAGUACAUCAGAGACUGAUGGAAUUCCAAACAAUUGAAUCAAAUAUGUGUGUUUGAAACCGGCAUAAAUCAAUUUUCCAUUCUUUCGUUUAUACAGGUAGCUGUUAAAUAUGUAUGUAGUUUAAAAUGCGUGUCAAGCCGUCCUCUUUACAAACAAACGAUCAGAAAAUAUAUAAAAUACAAAUUACAAUUAAAUCGAACACUCUUUCAACAAUAAUUGUUCAGAGGUAUAACUUUAGCUUUUACGUAUACCUUUAAAAUAUUGCACAUUAAAUGCGAGUACAAUAACAAAACAAGGCGAAGCUUGUUUCUUGCUUAACCAGCGAGAGUCAGAGAAAUGGACGCCUUGUGUUUGGCCCACCUUUUCCGCGCGCGUGUGAAAUAAAACAAACAACAACAACAACAAAAGAACAAAACAAACAAAAACCAAAAACAACAAUAGCACACAUAACAAGCAAAGCAAAAAGGAAAAAAUGAACUAAAUCAGUGAAAAGUAUUAACAAGAUUUAUAAUCAGAUCAGCAGCAGUAGCAGCAGCAACAACAACAUCAUCAUCAUCAUCAUCGUCCUCAGCAUAAGCACGAGCCGUGGAAAAUCAAGUCAACACCAAAGCGGAUGCGGGACAUAGAAACAUUCAUAUAAUUUUUCUAUAUACAGCAAGAUAUAAACGGCACAUCGAAAACAAUAGCCGUGGAUUAGACGCUGGUUGUCAUUUUCGCAGCUGAUGUCGUUGCCGUUGCCAGCGACAAUCAACAUCUAGGAAAUUCAUCAUACGCACUGUGGGACACGACCCAGGCAAAUGCAUUGCCCAAUAGAGAGGUACCUAAGAGCAUACACCUGCCAUUGACGAAUCUCAGCGCACCGCGCGUGCUGAUGUGCAGCGCAUCUGUCGGCAGCGAGGGUUCCGUAACACUGCAACUAAGAGAUGCGAAUGCCUUGGAGGCAGCCGACAGCACGACAACAGCAACAACAGCAACAGCAACAACAAUAGCAACAAAUGCAAUAUCAACAUCGUCAUUAGGCACCCAAGCGAAUGGCGUCACAGUGCUUGAAACGUUCUCGGCAUCGUCAGGAAUAACGUCAGCAUUGGAGAAUGCGCUGACCAUUGGCUAUCCGGAUCCGGACAUGUUAGCAGAUGUCUUGGGCACCAUACAGACCGCCUCACUUAAAACCAAACAAACUAGCAGCAAUACUAACAUCUAUACCAACAACAGUAAACGAAGUAGCUACAUCAAUGGUAGCAGCAGGAGAAACAGCAGCACUUCAACAACAAUUCUGAACAACACCCUAGCAACAACGAGCUCUGGAGUUCAUCUGGCCGGUCCAAAUAAAAUAACGAUAACGCGACGAAGUGCCAGCAAUAAGAUCAGCGUGCAAACUGUAAGCGCUUCCACAAAUACAACCAUUAGCAGCAUUGGCGGCAGUAAGACCAACUACAUAAAGAAUUGCCUGAUACGGAGCAGCAGCUGCAGCAACACGGCCACCAAUGUCACGACGCUGGCGCAGAUUAUGAGCAACAGCAGCACCAGCAGCGCAGCCAGUUUACUCAGUCAGCACAAUAAUAAUAGCAACUGUAGCAACAGCAGCAAUUUUAGCAACGCCUCAUCCGUGGGCAGCAGCAUUAGCAUUGGCAGCAGCAGCAGCAGCAGCAACAGCAGCAGCAACGACAGCAACAGCAGCAGUGGUCACAGUUUAAGCUUCAAGAGCAACGGUCGAAAUGUUCCUGGUAUUGUAACUGCAGCAGCAUCCACGAACACCACAGCCACCGGCAUUGGCAUUAUCACCGUCGAUAACGCACCCAGAAAGAGCCGACCCAAACUAUCCUCGCCGACUCGUCACGGACCCCAGCAGUGUCAGAUUUGUAGCAAGAUCUUUGGAAAUGCUUCGGCACUGGCCAAGCACAAACUGACGCACAGCGACGAGCGGAAAUAUAUUUGUGCGCUCUGCUCGAAGGCAUUCAAGCGGCAAGAUCACUUAAACGGACACAUGAUGACGCAUCGCAACAAGAAGCCUUACGAGUGUAAGGCAGAUGGCUGCGGCAAAUCAUAUUGCGAUGCGCGUUCUCUCCGCCGUCAUUCAGAGAAUCACCAUGGAGGCGUGGCAACGCUCAAUAACAACUCACUCUCGCCCACAGCUAGCUCAAACUGCGGCAGCGGAAGCAGCAGCAGCAGCAGCAGUAGUGUGGGUGUGGCCACCAGCUCUCUAAGUCUUUCACCGGCUACAGCUAGUGGGGACGCCAGCUCGCCAGAUGGGGCCACUUGCAUUCGUACCUACAUUUCCACAGGCAGCUCUGUGGUGGAUGCUGCCACUGGCAUUGCGCUGUCCGAUGAACAGAUCAAGGCUAUGAAUUUGCCCAUUAAAUCGGGAGUCACAUUACUGUCGCCCACCACUUCGACAUCCUCAAUAGCAUCGUCGACAACAUCCUCAUCAUGCUCAACAUCUGGCGGUAGCUGCAGCUCCGUUCUGACUAGUUCGCCCACAAUUACGCUUAGUGAUGGCGCAACCUUAGAGGGCGAUGGAUUAACGCGCGAGCAACUCGAUCUCAUAAGCAAGAUCAUGCAACAGACGAAGCAAACCAGUGCCCAGGUGACGGUCUCUUCGCCCAACAGCGUCAGCUCCUAUAAGAUCAAUACAGAGACAGCACCAGUCUCGGCACGUCCACGCACGUGGAACAUGCAAUUGCUCAAUAAUGCGCAAAAUGUCACCGUAACCGUGGAGGAUGGUACCGAUAUGGUUGCGUCCGCUUCAAGUUCACCCGACGAGGUCAAGGACGAUGAAUUGAACCAGCAGCUAGUGGCCGCUAUUAAUCCCCACCUGCUCAAUAUUGUUAAGAUCGACAAGCCAGUUGAGUGCAAUCUAUGUCACCGCAAGUUCAAAAAUAUACCCGCUCUUAAUGGGCACAUGCGUCUGCAUGGCGGUUACUUCAAAAAGGAUCCGGAAACCAAGCGCAGCGAGAAAAAGGACUCCAACGGACCGCCAUUGCAGACUGCGAGCAUAGGUGUGCGUGCCCUUAUCGAGGAGAAGAUCAUUAGUAAGCGCAAGGACAUCAAUAAGGGCGCCUUUGUUGUGCCUGCUCCACCCAGCAGCACCGCAAGCAACGGAGGUGUUGGUGGCUGUAGCAACAACAGCAACAGCCUUCGCCGCUCCUUAAGCGACUUAGAGAGCUUCUUAAAUCCGAAGAGUAACACGAGCAGCCUGAGCCAGGCACUAGCCACCAGCACCAGUACUACUACAGCGGUGCUGCCAGCGGCUACCACUAUCAAGAGCACCUCUGGGCUAAGUAUACAGCAGAUUGGACUGCCGCAAAGUAUUGAGAUCUUCAGCGGAGGUCACAGACAUCCCAAAACCCUUAAUUUGGGCAGUGGUGCCAAUACCAUUACCAUUACCACCAACAACGUGCCAACGACAACUACCAUGAGCGCACUGACGGCUCUUAAGGGCGGCGGUAGCAUCAGUGGUGUCACUAGCAACGCGGACUCCAAGGACUCGACGUUAAUUGAGUUACUUAAGCGUGGAACGCGCAUUGCCGUGGCCUCUAAGAAAACACAGCUACAGGCACAAAACAGUACAAAUCUGAUCUUAAGCAAUGUUGGCGGCUCAGAGCUCACAACCAUUAGCAGCAGUGUCCAGACUGGUCGGCAGAUUAUUACCAACAACAAUCGCACCGUCAUCAUACCUUCUGAUGUGCACGUGGUGUCCACCAAGAGCAAGUUAAUUUCUAGCAACGCUCUCACAACCAACGACAGCAAUACAACUUGUUCUGCAAGCAGUAUAUCAUUGCCAGACGGGACUCCCCUCUCCCUUACCAUUACGCCCAGCCAGGAGAGUGUGGGUGUCGGUGAAGCAAACGGCAUAGCUGGUGGUGGAGGUGUUUACACUGUAACUUACACUAGCGAUGCGGAUGCAUCCGAUCUCUUCGACGACGCUGAGGUGUACAAUGUGUCGGACACGGAAAUGCUACUGCAAACGGUGGAUACUAUGGAACUGCUCAACGAUGACGAGGAUGAAGUGCACAAAAGCGAACAUUCCGAGGACUUUUCGCUGCUCAGUGAGGCCAGCGAUAAUGUUCAAACACGGCUGGUCAAGCUGGAGCCCGAUCCUGUACACAGCAGCACAGCCAGCAACCUUAAUAAAACAACGCCGUUACCCACCUUUCAGCAAUUUCAUUCCAAGGAGAUUAUCAUGCAGAACAGUUCUCAAAUCCAGGCCAUCGCCAACAUGCGUGGAAGCAACACCCUAGGCUUGCUUUCGUCACCGUUGCAUUCGCCACUAGCCUACCCGACGCCACCCUCUAGCCACGAGAAUGUGGCUCAAUCCUCACCCUUUGUAGAGGAUGCUGCGGCUCAGUUUGUGGAUGCCAGUCACACGUUCUUUAGCGAUAAAACAGACUUUUCACAAGUCUAUUUUAAAACAGACGAGAGCGAUUCCAUGCAGCAGCUCAGUGAUAAUGACAAUGAGAAAAUACUUAAACUAAAGUCGGUGCUGGAAGAAAGCAGCUUCGAUCCAUCCAUUAAGGUGGAAGAUCUCUUGAACAGCACCGAGGACGAUGCCGAAUGCGACCUGCGGGAGUUUGCCGAGACGAAUCUCUCAUUUCUCGAUGAGGAUCAGGAGUUCCUAAAUGAUUCACGAAAUGCUACCUCGCCUCUGUCUGAGUCCUUCUUCACCAGUGGCAUUGGAUCUGCAGAAGAUGUUAAGCAGGUGCUACGUGAGGUGCUGCCCGAUGAAAAUAUGCAACUGCAGCUAACUAGCGAGCAGCAGGGCGAGAACAUCAUUGACCUUUACUAUUUACCGGGGCUGGGCCUGCAAUCCCAAAUGAUGCCAAACUCUGAUGAUCCGCUUUUGUCCUCCUCACCAAGAGAAUUCGGACAGCAGCGACAGGUUGUCCAAACGACAACGUCCACGCCAUCGACCACACAACCUGUCGAGCAGUUGCAGUCUACCACCGUACUGUACGAUCAACAUCAACUGCAACAGCAACUGCAACUGCAGCCCCAGCAGGAACAGCAAGAGCAACACCAGGAGCAACAUCAGCAGCAACAGCAUCAGCAACAGCAGCAGCAACAGCAGCAGCAACAGCAACAAGAACAGCAAUCCCAGCAACAGCAAGAGCAAAUGCAAUUGCCGCAGCAGUCUGCAAUUCAAUCUGAACAACCACAACAGGAACAACAGACAGACUUUAUGCUCACCAACUUUACUCCCGUGUCCUGUCAAACACAGUACCUAGAUACCAAUCAGCAGUCGAUGAUGCUGCAGCCACUGAAUAGUUUGCUGCAGCCAAUACUUUAUGGCAGCAACAGCACCUCCAACGAUAAACAAGCAUUUACCUCGAUGCUUAACUCGAAUGCCGGUCAGACAACUGAACUGGAUGCGAGCCUGCUCUUUGCCUGCGGCGACAGUAUCAAAAAUAACUGCAGCAAACCUAUGCUUGCUGCAUUACCUGCAGCAGUAGCUACACCAGUAGUCACUCCAACACCAAGCGUUUCCAAUCUACAGCCGCUGUCCAACCAAACUAAUUCCAUAUUAAAGCGUCGCCUGCGUUCAAAUGGAGCACAGGAUGUGCACAAGUUCUCGAAAUUCCAAACACUUUCACCGCAUCGCUCAAAGCUACGCAAGCCUUCGCGCACCCACUACACACCCGCGCCAAUUCUUAAUCCAGAUCGCAAGGGCACAGGACUCUAUUGCAAUGUGCGUAAGCAGCUCGGCCAAGGAAUGUUUGACGUCUUUGACGAUGACUUUGGCGAUCCUGUGGGCUUGGUUGAUUUCUGCGAUGAGUCCAAGGUGAAUCUAGGUUCCACUUAUCAAGCGCAGAUCCCAGCCUGUAAAUCGCCCGAAGAAUCCACCAAGGAAACAAUGAGUGCAGACCUACUUUGGGAUCCAAGCGUACAGAUAGACGAGAAGAUACUAAUGCGUUAUAUAGAUCUCAGCAAAUCCUCGGCCGUACCCAUGGGUAGCCAUUCCGAAGAGGUAGCCCUUCAAACGCUGCUUGAGGCCAAAGGCAACUCAGCGGCGGCGGUGCUCACCCUGUUGCAAACGCAGUCCAGCGCGUUUCAAAUGAAAUGGACUGCCUAUGAGCUAGAGCAGUUUCUACGUGGCCUGGAGAAGCACGGGAAGGAUUUUGGAAAAAUUGCCAGCGAGUUACUUACGAAGACCUCGGGCGAAUGCGUUCAAAUGUAUUAUUUUUGGAAAAAACUAUGUGUGGACUACAAGGUCUCUCACUUAAAGAUGGAGCCAGUUCCUGCGAGCACUCCAACGGUGGAACAGAAGCCCUACGUCUGCGAGAUUGCCGACUGCUCGGCGAGCUUCACCUCGAAAGCAGCUCUGCAUGGUCAUGUUCGCAUACACGCUUAUGGCAGAAAUGCCAGCAACAGUAAUAGCAACAACAACAACAACAACAACCAGCAUGCCACGGCAGUUAGUGCCAACAACAACCAUACUUGCAACAAUAGCAGCAACAACAAUAGCAACAACGCAUGCGCAUCCCAGACUAGUAGCCAUACCAAUCAAUGCAACAGUGCAACAACAACAAUCAUAACGCACGCCAAUGGCAAUAACUCCACCCUCAACAACAAUAUUAUCAGCAACAACAUUGCACCAGGCUCUUCCAUAAAUACUGCUCUGUUAUCAGCAGCAGCAGCAGCAGGAGCAGGAACAGCAGGAACGACAUCGACAGCAUCAAAAGACAGCAGCAACAGCAACAAUUCCAAUACAGCCAAGGAGAGUGAAUUUCCCUGCAAGGUGUGCGGCAAAGUCUUCAAUAAGGUCAAAAGCCGCAGUGCCCAUAUGAAAACGCAUCGAGUACAAGAAGCUGAACAAUCAUCAAAUUCCAAACAGCAAUCUAACAAUGGAACUCUGUCUGCAGUAACAGUGGCAGUAGCAGCAUCAGCAGUACCAUCGGCUCCCUCUGCAGUAACAGUUCUGGCCACCGCAUCUUCUUAGAUAUGGUUAGAUAGCCAGGCAUCAGCAUCGAUUGACAAUCGCGUAAAGCAAGCAGCAAGCAUUGUUUACCACUCUUAGAAUAUAAAGUUAGUUUACAGUCGGAAGUAAAGUAAAAUACAGACAUUUAUGAAAAAAUAACCAAGCUCAGAGUUAAAUGUGUAUUGUAAGUAAAUUAAUAUUGUAAUUUUGAUGUAUUUAGCAGUUAAAGGCAUUUUUCUAAUUCAUACUUUUCACAUGUUUUCUACACACUCUUCCUAUCUCACUAUCUAUCUACCUAUAUAUCUUUCUGUCUCUGCUAGACAACUCUUGGGCUUGAUACUAACAGAUAUAUGUAGAUCUGAGUCAUAGUCUAAUUUGUACAUAAAUUUAACUAACAGUGAAGCAAGUUCAAAUUGAAUUGUUAUUAACUAGUUAUUGUAGGCAAAUGCAAUAUUUGUGUUACACACUUAAAUAUACCUACCGUAUUUUUACAGUAGGCGUUUUUUCUUGACUCUCGACUCGACUGUAGUUUAUAACCUAAGUCCAAAUCAACGUUGAUUUAAUCUAGUAGCCCGUACGUACUGUUUAAUACAUGUUUUUCUACUUAAACUAGUUGCAUCCCAUUUUACAGAUACUUUUUUUAUUGCGAUACGUGUUUAGCUAGUAAGAGUUACGACAUGUACAUGAUUGAGUACAUACAAAAGUAUAUUAGCUUAUACGAUCAUUGUUGUUUUAGGUUUUAAGCUCCAAUUCAGCAAUUUCAAGCAGAAAAACAUAAACUUUUAUUGUACUUACACAUCUAAACUAUUGCUAAUUGCUAUAUGUAAAGCAAAUAAAAAUUCUAGUGAAAUCAAGUGAUAUUGAGUGAGAUCAAAAACGAUUUUAGCUAAAAAGAAAAACAAAGUGUAACUCAAAUUGAAACAUUUUAACUUUUACCGCCAUAUUGUAAAUAGAAACUACAUAUAUAGAAGAAAAAUGCAUGCAUAUAAGUAGAUAAAUAUAUUGUAAAUAUACUUAUAUACAUAGUAAAUUCUUUAUAUACAUAUACAUUUGUAUCUACUAAGUAAAUGUUAUUUUAAUGUUUCUCCAAAUGCAUAAAAGACAUAUAAUAUUUAUUGAUAAAUCAGAUACACACACAAGCACACACUCAUUCACCGCGAGGCGAUAACUUAGGGUAUAAAAAACAUCUUUUGUUUAGCCCCAGCUACACACAAUAUAUACACAUAACGUUUUUAGUAGGUAUAUAGUACUUAAAAAACAUAUAUUAAUUAUUAAUAUAAAUGUAUAUGUACGCGUACCUAAUUGGUAUAACAGUAAAUCUGCCAGUAAAAUGAUGAAUAACAACAACAAGAAUCACACGUUUUCCAUUUGGACAGUGAGCUAAUGUACUACAGCAAAUAGAUCAAUUGAAUGUACGCAAUAAAUGUUUACGAGGCCAGUGGUAUAUUAUGACGUAAAUAAGUAUAAUGUUAUGUAAUGUAAUGUAUCUGUAAAAAAAAUGCAUGCUAAAUCUACUUGUAUUUAGAGCUACAUACAUCAAACUAACCAACUCGAACCGACACAGCCAAGCAAAAAGCAAACAAACUCUUAGCAAUUUUCAAGGUUGUAAUAUGCUCAUUAAUCGAUCAAUAGGACAUCAGCUAGUGUAAAUAAGUAUUAAACUCGGAAUCCAGUCCUGAACUUCAAUAAUCAAUACUCAGACACGACUGCAGGAUGCAGGAUACUGCUAUACAUAUACACAUGUUCCGAUGCACAAACCUGUGCUAGAAUAUCUUUUGCUCCUUACGUUGUAUUCGCUCAACUUGAACUUGAAUAAAGAAAGACCCCAUGUUCAUGGCCCUUAGUUAGAUAAUGUUCAUAAUUGUUUGGUAUUUGUGAGUGUAAAAGUAUGUAUUAAUUCUUGCUAAUAAUUCAAAUACACCCACACAUACAUACAUAGAUACGUAAUUUCAAUAUGUUAUGUAGGUAAAUAAUUGCAUAUGAAUACAAAUGUAAUUAGGUUCAGCUACAGCCAAAGCAACCCACCACUAAGCAUCUUCAGAACUGUUUGUUGUGGGCUACGGAAGCCACUUAAAAAAGACUCUUCUCAAGACAGCUACACUAUUUUUGUACCAAAACGUAUUUAUAUAUACGCGUACAAUCGCAAAUGUAUGUGGUCUAUGUUAGCAGAAACAAAUCUAUGCAUACAUCAAAUAAUACAAAUGUGCAAUAGAAAAUUCAAAUUCUGACGAUCAACUUAUGUUGUGUGCAUUUUCUCAACGAAUUAGUCAAUACAUAGACACAACUUCCCUUCCUUUCCCAUAAUGCUUUACUUUGAAAAGCAUUGAAAAAAAAAAUAUAUAUUAAAAAAUGCCUUCAAGCUUAAGUCUUAAGUAUUAUGAAUAAAGUCUUCAAAUGUGUGCUUAAGCAAAAGUAUAUACCAUAAAUAAUAAAUAUGUACUUAGCUGUAUUAUUUAGGUAAUGUUAAGUAAGAUUCGGUACUUUGUUGCUUUACCAUAAAGUUUCCUAAUGACAAAAAAGCCAUAUUUCGAAUAAGAAGAAGAGUUAAAUAAUAACAUAUACUUAGCAUAUUAAACUAGUCUGCAAGUUGUAAGUCCUACCGUCUAGUCAAAUGAGAACUUCUUGCUCGAUUCAUUUUUGUCUUACACACAUAUUUAUCUAUAUAUAUUUAUUAAUUUAUUUUUAUGUUUUAUAUUUCCUUAUUUAUUGAUUAAAUAUUCGUAUCUGUUAUUUCAAUGCGAUUUGGGUGCAUUUUUAUUUCGUUAGUCGAAACGCAAACAAAGUAGAUAUGACAAUCUGUGAAAUAUAUUUUAUGCUAUAUUCACUUUCCUCUAAUUUCAAAAGAAACUGCAAUCUCAGCGGCGCCAGCACUUUAUUCGAAUACUCUGCGUUGUGAUUGUUCAUUAAGUGUACGAGAAUGUAUAAUAUAAUAUAAUUAUAUAUAUAUAAAUAUAUAUAUAUACAUAUGCACAUACGAUUAAAUCGAGCGUAUGUGCAUACUAUAAAAUCUGUAUAUAAGCUCAGAAAAAAAAAAAAAAAAUAAACAAAAAAAAUGCUGGAUCUGCACGCGCUCAUGGGCCACUGACUUAUUUUAGCUCAAAACUCAAACUCAAGUGAAUUAACAAUAUAAAACUCGAAUAGUUAAGAUAAAAUUGUACUUACUGAAGCGUAUGCCUACUUAUGUAUUCGCAAAAAUCACUUUCUAACAAUAAUUUUAAUAUACAAAUGAUGUGCAAUCUGAGGAACUUCUUAUAUGGAGUUAACCAAAUGCACAAGUUCAUAUUAACAAGAACAACUGAAUUACUUCGAGAAACAAUACCAAACAGAAUCUUUUUAAAAUUGAAAACGAUUGAUAAUAGCUCUUAGACAUAUCAAUUUAAUUUAAAAUACAAAAAAAAAAAAUGAAACUAAAACUUAUAAGAAAAGCAUUCAAUACAUGUAUACAUAGUAAACACAGACAUCAUCAUCCAAAUUUCUAUGGAUGGUUGCAUUCCUGUUUAGCAUAUAAGUGAAAAUUUCAGGCAAGUUGCCGAUAAUGCAAAUAUAUAAGGCAUACUUCUAUAGGUCUGAUGAACUAGUGAUGAACGAGAAUUAUUAUAAAGUGUGGUAUAUACAUAUUUGCAUAAUUUUUCAUGACAUCUUUUAUAAUCGUGAGAUUCGAUUCGAUUGAAAUUUUUAUUUGAAGGUUUGAACCAUAUGCAGACACUUUUAAUCAAUCAGCUAAAUGAAUCAUAAGCUUAAAGUUAUUUUUAAAUAUGUAUAUAUUAUGCCACACGGUAAUCUAGAUUCAAGAUUCAAGAUUCAUCGCAACUAAUUCAGGCCUAUAAUCGCACGUGCACACAUUCAUCGCAACUAACUUUACAGCUCAGUAUUACUGAUUCGAUCAAUGUGGGUACUUUCCCGAAUCUCCAACAGUACGAAUGUAAAAAUAAAGUACCAUAUACAAGUACACAACUCUCAGACGUAAGUUUUAACUGUAAUAUGAAAAUCUUUUAUAAACAAAGAAACUGUUACUUUAUGGCAUUAAUUAAAAUGCUAUAACCUCUUGUUGAACGUAAAUUGUACUUAGCAUGUAAAUUCUCUAAAAUACAAAAAAAAAAAAAAAUGAUAAAAAAAAAAACAGAAAGAAAAACAAAGGCAGACACACAUAAUUAUAUUGGUCUAAAAUUAUUGAGACAGUAAGAAAUAUUUUACGGUACAUACAUAUAUGUCUGUACAUACAUACGUAUGUGUGUGUACAAAUGCAUAAAUGUAAACAUAAAUGUUUUCAUGGUUGUAACUGAUGAUCAAAAUAGGUGUAAAUUGAAAUGAACGGUAAAAGGAUUUUACAUGCUAUCAUUUAAUGCAAAACUGCUUUACCUUUGCUUUACAUUUUUUGUACCUAACAAUAACAAAUGCAAAUUGUUUGGCACAUAACUUAUGCAUUUUUUCAACGAAACUAAAUCGAAAACAAAAACUAUAUCUCUUUCGUUAGUGAAACAAAGAAGAAUACGAUAUUUUUUUUUUCUCUUAUACAUAUGGAAAUAUUCUUUACACUUACAUUUGAUAUCAAAUUGAAUAACGUAAAGAUAUUUGAGAAUCAUGAAUAUUCCCUCCAAAUAAUUUUUAAAAUUAUUUAUUGCUAAAAUGGUCAAAAAUGUUCGACUAUGGCUGCGUCUCUGAUAAUUAUAAUAGAAUGAAAAGUUUUUAGCAUAUUGGAGCAAUUGUCUUAUAAUGAUGGCAUAUUGUAUUUAGCAUGAUGUUACCAGUUGUAUUGAACAUUCAAAUAAUUAUGAUUAUUAUGAUUAUUGUGUAUUGUAUGUGUAUGUGUAACGUAUGUUGUACAUGUAAACUCUUUAAAAACAAAAAAAAACAAAAAAAAGCAAACAAAAAACAAAGGUGUGGCUCUUGCCAUUAACUUGUAGUCAAUUCUUCGAAUGCAUUAGGAUAAGUAAAAAAAAAAAACAAAAAACAACAAAUGAAAGAUUACGAAAAAUGUAUGCAUAGUUUGCAAACAAAAGGUAACGUCUGGAUGACGACCACGAAUAUGAUGAUAUAUGGACACUAUUUUCUAAAAAUAUUACAACAAUAAUUUAUUAAUUUGUUGGCAAUUUUAUACAUACAUACAUACUUAUGUAUACACUUAUACAGUUAAUUUUGUUAGCUAGCAAAAUGACAACGAGAACUUAUGUAGCGCUGAGGUAGUUAAACUUUAUGAAUGUUGUACCCAAAGCCCAGGUCCGGUACACCCACUGGAGAUAUCUGUACAGUCAGGAAUCCUGCCUCAACGAAGAACGACUCACGAUGUUGUUGUUGGCAUUACCGUUACCUAUCUAGUUAGCAAUGUUCACUGUAUCCUUAGAGAAACACAUCCAUAUACACAAACACACACACACGGACACACACAAACACGCACACUGUAUCUCUCUCUCUCUCUCUCUCUCUUACACUUUGUUAGAUUCGUUGUACUCUGCCAUUUUUGGUGUGAUAUUCUAUUGGUUGUGCGGCUGUUUAAAAGUCGUUAUACACAUUGUUGCAUUUCUACAAAACAGAACUAAAAUUAAUGUUUGUAAUUUGUUAAACUUCAAUUUCCUGAUGUUAUUUUAGUUUUAUGUACUUAUAAGUGCAUAUGUAUAUUAGGUAUUUAUUUGUAUACGUUUUUCUGUAGAAACAAACUUUAACAAGUUGUUAACUAUUUUAGUCCAUAUGUUACAUACCUUUAGGUUUAAGCCGCGUAAUUUAAUCGAAAAUCAUUUGAGCAACCUUAAUGGAAAUGAAUUAAACUUACAAAAACUCUAGUAAAAAAA